UAUGAGAUGCUCAUUAGAUUUUUUUUUUAGACCUACUAUUUUAUUUCUGCCUAAAUUAAAGCUUACUAGUACUAUUUUUGAACACAACUAUAUAUAAAGUUACUCAUAGUAGAUAAUAGCAUAUAAUGGCCGUUAAAAGAAAUAGAGAUAUAUUAACCGGAGGGAAAAGGUAUGCAGAUAAGGCAGCUAAGAAGCAUGCUGUUGAAGAAGUGGUAUUUGACAAGGACUCAAGAGUUGAAUAUUUGACGGGAUUCCAUAAACGGAAAUUGCAAAGACAAAAGAAAGCUCAGGAAUAUAUAAAAGAACAAGAGAGAUUGGCCAGAGUAGAAGAAAGGAAACAAAUAAGAGAUGAAAGAAAGAAGGAUAUGGAAGAACAAUUAAAACAAUUCCAAGAUACUGUAAAGAAAAUAUCUACCUUAGAUGAUUCUGAUAUAGAAGAUGAAGAUAAAGAUGAAGAAUGGAAUGGGUUUGGUGAUGGUGAAACAGAUAAAGCUACAGAUGAUGAAGAGAAUGAAGAUGAUGAAGAAGAAAGAAAAGAAUCAAAGAAACCUCUCAAAGGAAUAUUGCAUCAAAAGGAAAUAUAUACUAUUAACAAAGAAGAAAUUUCCAGUUAUGAAAUAGGUAAUGGAAAUGCUAUAAUAGAUGAAGAAACUGAAGUAACUGUUGAAUCAUUAGAUAAUCCUGUGAUUGCUAGUGCUCGUCAAGCUAGUUUAGAAGCUCUUGCUAAGCUUAAUAAUGUUAAUCUUGAGAAAUCUGAAGAAAUACUUGAAAAAUCUAUCCAUAAAGCUCAAAAUUAUGCUAAAGUUGUUCAAAGUCAUGAAAAGAAACAAAAGCAAAAGAAGAAGAAAUUCAGAUAUCUUAGUAAAGCUGAAAGAAGAGAGAAUACUAGAAAGGAAAGACUGAAGAAUAAGUCUAGAAAACCUAAAGAAACUAAAUAAAAUUAGUUUAGUUAUAUCGCAUACAUAGAUUAGGUAAUAUAUACAUACAAACACAAUAUUAAUACAAUAAAUUAUCGUGUAC